AUGGCGCCUUCUCUGGACGCCCACCAGCGCCCGCCAGACCAUAUCCGCGCCGCUUACAAGAAGUUUCAGAAGACGCGCCCUCCGGCCCUGGAUGCCGAUCCCGCCCUCGUAGACCUCGUCUCAAGGGAUCCCGGCGCAUAUCAGCUGCGGCUUGUUCGAAGCAUCGCCCGGGAGGAGCUGCUGUCGGCAUUCCGAUCUUUUGAGUCUGAGACCACUUGUAGCAAUGUAGAACAAUGGCUUCCUGACACCCUCAUGCCUGUAUACGAACAUCCGAGCAUGCCAGGCCUGCAUAUCAUACCCUCUCUCUUCCCUCCAGAAGUGCAAAAGAUACUGCUCCACCGCCUUAUACAUCGCGAUUUAUCAAACCCGUCUCACAAAACAAAUGUCCACAUGUACUAUGACAUUCCAUAUCCGCCCGAGUCGUCCUCUUUCUUCCAGAUUCCUCCUUCUUCAGAACCGCGCUUUUUGCCCAAGGACCCCAGCAUUCACAAGCCCCUUUCAAUCAACCAGUUUCUCUCCAAGAAGCUCCGAUGGGUCACGUUAGGCGGCCAGUAUGACUGGACUAACAAAGUCUAUCCUGCGGAGCAACCCCCACCCUUCCCUUCGGACGUUGGAUCACUUCUAGAGGGGCUUUUCCCCGACAUGAAGCCACAGGCCGCCAUCGUCAAUUUCUACUCUCCCGGUGAUACGCUAAGUAUGCAUCGAGAUGUCAGUGAGGAGUGCGAUCGCGGUCUGGUGAGCGUUAGCAUUGGCUGCGAUGGCAUUUUUGUCAUCGGGCUCAACGAGGAAGACAGCGUAGUAGAUGAAGCGUCUGCGGAAACACAGAAGCUUCCAGGCGCUCUCGCCCUUCGGCUCAGGUCUGGAGACGCUGUGUACAUGUCUGGGCCUUCGCGCUUUGCAUGGCAUGGAGUGCCUCAGAUUGUCUCGGAUACAUGUCCGUCCUGGCUCCAAGAUUGGCCAGCGUCACCGGAUGACCGGCAUACAGACUCUGAGAAAGAGCAGCUAGACCUAUGGCGCGGAUGGAUGCGUACGAAACGAAUCAAUCUGAACGUCAGGCAGAUGUGGGACUGA